AGGCAGAGCGGAAAAGACCCGGGUUCUUUUCGGGUGGAACGAGGGCGUUCUCUGAGGCAGUGCGUCCAGAUCGGAGGCCUUUGCAGACUUUGGUGCGAACCGCGCCUCCUGUUCCCAACAGCUCGGCGGGAAAAAGCCGGCCUCUGGUACACGACCGAAUGCCAGAGAAUAACAGUUUGGAGGACCAAGAUGUUGACCAACUUAAGGAUAUUUGCAGUGAAUCAUCAGAAAAUACCCAGUUUGCACAUUAAUAAUAUGUGCUGCUGUAAAAUAAGAGCAAGUUUAAAAAGAUUCAAGCCACAUGUACCUCUUGGAAGAAAUUACAGUUCCUUACCAGGCUUAAUAGGAAAUGAUAUCAAAUCCCUUCAUUCCAUCAUCAAUCCUCCUAUAGCCAAAAUCCGUAAUAUUGGAAUUAUGGCUCAUAUUGAUGCAGGCAAAACUACCACCACAGAAAGAAUAUUGUACUAUUCUGGAUACACAAGAUCACUGGGAGAUGUUGAUGAUGGAGACACAGUGACAGAUUUCAUGGCUCAAGAGCGAGAAAGAGGCAUCACUAUUCAAUCAGCUGCUGUUACAUUUGAUUGGAAGGGGUAUAGAGUCAAUCUAAUUGAUACACCAGGUCAUGUGGACUUCACCUUGGAGGUUGAGCGCUGCCUGAGGGUGUUGGAUGGUGCAGUGGCUGUAUUUGAUGCCUCUGCUGGUGUAGAGGCCCAAACUCUGACAGUAUGGAGACAAGCUGAUAAACACAAGAUACCUCGAAUCUGCUUUUUAAACAAGAUGGACAAAACUGGAGCAAGUUUUAACUAUGCAGUUAAAAGCAUCAGAGAGAAGUUGAAGGCAAAGACUUUGCUUUUACAGUUACCAAUUGGUGAAGCUAAAACUUUCAAAGGAGUGGUGGAUGUAGUAAAUAAAGAAAAGCUUCUUUGGAAUCACAAUUCAAACGAUGGAAAAGACUUUGAGAGAAAACCCCUCUUGGAAAUAAGUGAUCCUGAAUUGCUGAAGGAGACAACUGAAGCAAGAAAUGCCUUAAUUGAACAAGUCGCAGAUUUGGAUGAUGAAUUUGCUGACUUGGUUUUAGGAGAAUUUAGUGAAAAUUUUGAUUUACUACCAGCUGAAAAGCUACAGACUGCAAUACACAGAGUAACACUGGCUCAGACAGCAGUACCGGUGCUUUGUGGAAGUGCCCUGAAAAACAAAGGUGUACAGCCCUUGUUAGAUGCUGUUACCAUGUACUUGCCUUCACCUGAAGAGCGCGACUAUGAAUUUCUGCAGUGGUAUAAGGGUGACUUAUGUGCACUGGCAUUUAAAGUUCUUCAUGAUAAGCAACGAGGACCGCUGGUUUUUAUGCGCAUUUACUCAGGCAUGAUAAAACCUCAGUUGGCCAUCCAUAAUAUUAAUGGAAACUGCACGGAGAGAAUAAGUCGUCUGCUUUUGCCAUUUGCUGACCAGCAUAUAGAAAUCCCCUCACUGACUGCUGGUAACAUUGCUCUGACCGUUGGGCUUAAGCAUACUGCCACUGGGGACACAAUUGUCUCAUCCAAGUCCAGUGCAUUAGCUGCAGCUCGUCGAGCUGAAAGGGUGGGAGAAAAGAAGCAUAAACAAAACAGUGAAGCAGAGAGACUUUUAUUGGCUGGGGUGGAGAUUCCAGAACCUGUUUUCUUCUGUACCAUAGAACCGCCAUCAGUGGCUAAACAGCCAGAUUUGGAUCAUGCAUUGAAAUGCCUUCAGCGUGAAGAUCCCAGUUUGAAAGUGAAGCUAGAUCCUGACUCUGGACAAACUGUCCUGUGUGGUAUGGGGGAGUUACAUAUUGAGAUUAUUCAUGACCGAAUCAAGAGGGAGUAUGGACUAGAGACCUAUCUAGGGCCUCUGCAGGUGGCAUAUCGAGAGACCAUCCUAAACUCAGUUCGUGCCAUAGAUACCUUAGAUAGAACUUUAGGAGACAGACGGCAUCUUGUGACUGUAGAACUGGAAGCAAGGCCAAUUGAAACAUCAUCUGUUAUGCCAGUGAUUGAGUAUGCUGAAAGUGUUAGUGAAGACCUUUUGAACGUCUCCCAAGAGGCCAUUGAAAAUGGAAUUCAUAGUGCAUGCCUCCAAGGACCAUUGCUUGGAUCCCCAAUUCAAGAUGUGGCAAUUACUUUACAUUCACUCAUAAUUCAUCCUGGUACCUCCACAACUAUGAUUUCUGCCUGUGUCUCAAGAUGCGUACAAAAGGCUCUGAAGAAUGCUGAUAAGCAAGUUUUAGAGCCUCUGAUGAAUCUCGAGGUUACAGUGACUAGCAAUUACCUCAGCUCUGUCCUGGCAGAUCUGGCACAAAGAAGAGGGAACAUACAGGAAAUCCAGACUCGCCAGGACAACAAAGUUGUUAUUGGAUUUGUUCCCUUAGCAGAAAUUAUGGGUUAUUCAACUGUGCUUCGAACCCUAACAUCAGGCUCAGCUACUUUUGCAUUAGAACUAUCUGCUUACCAAGCUAUGAAUCCUCAAGACCAGAGUAUACUGCUCAGGCGGAGAAGUGGCUUGACCUAAGUGUUUUCAAUCUUUGGAAAUAGGAAUUCAGAAGCUCCUACCUAUUUUCAGUGGGAACAAUUUUUACUGCUUUAUUUAUUGGAAAAAUGAUGUAACUUGAAAACUAACAAAGGCACCGGAGCUGCCCUUUCUAAUGAACUGUGUUGUUCACCUAUAAAGGUAUUACUGUUAGCAGUAAAGACUUAGCCUUAUUGGAAUAUUGGGUGGUUUUCACAAGGUUUUGUUUCUUUUUGAUUUUAAGCUCUCUCACAAAUGAAAAACAUGUAUGUAAUGUAAAAUAAGAGUUUCAAUCAAUAAAAAGGUAUUUUAUUCAAAAAACA